UGGACACCCAUGUUGGAAAACCCUGACGUGCAGCAGUGUAAUGUUGUUUCCGGGCCUCUCCCCUCCCUCUGCAGCAGUACGUUUCCGCCCGCUGCUCGGUGGAGGUGACCCUUCUGACCCGGAGAAUGUCUGCUUGGCUCGGGCGUCUGUGUGUAGCGGCGAGGGCAGCGAGUGCCCAGGGUGUUGUGUGCAGAGUGGGCACCGUGCAGAGGGCGGCAGCAGCGAGUCAGGCUUUUCUGCCAAAGAUGGAAGAUCUGUCAAUUAUGAGGAACUGAAAGACUUGCUGAAGAAGGAUGGCGUUGUACUUGUAGAUGUUCGGGAGCCAUGGGAAAUCAAGGAAUACGGAAUUAUUAAGGGAUCAAUUCACAUCCCACUGGGGGAUCUAGUGUCUGCACUUCAAAUGACACCAAAGCAUUUUGAGGAGAAAUAUAAAAUGAAGUUGCCAGAGAAAUCCAACACCUUGGUCUUUUCCUGUCUAGCAGGGAUUCGAAGUGGUAGAGCUUUAGAUGAAGCAACGUCACUUGGUUACAAUAAGGUUUAUAACUAUGCCGGAGGGUUUGAGGAUUGGGCAAAACAUGAAUCAGGAAAACAAUCAUGAACGUUAUCAAUGCAGCAAUGUCCGCAAUAGAAAUCUGAACUAUAUUUUACAGCAUACGAAUGUCAUAGAGAGAGCAUGAAAUAUUACUCUUCAGGGCUUAUUGCUCAUUUCACUUUCCAUCCUUCUUACAUAAACAGGAUAGUAUAGUCUUCUAAAAACAGCACUGGAUCCUUGCAGAGGAACAUGGGGAAAUCUCUUCUCAACUUGGAUCCUUUCCUGAUUUUUCGAGCAUUAAAUGGCAGAUGUAAUACGGUCAGAAAAUAGAACUUUGUGAACACAUUCUAGGGUUUUAAUUAGAAGGUCAUUGUACUUAUCUUAGUGAAAGCUCCAUAAAGAAAUAGGAUUUUAUUCCAUUCUGGGCUGUGAUGUUGGUAAGGCUUGGUUCACACCCCGGUUCAGUUAGGUGCCUCCAUCACACGUUUAGUCCAAAAUACUGAAUAAAAGAGUGCGGCAUGCCACAUUAUUUUGUCUGGUGAAAUGCAAAAUACUGUGCCGGAAACCUGACGGAACCAGUUAGUCAAUGGGAUCCUCUGGUACCAUCAUGGAGCAAAACAACAGACUGAACAAUGCUUGUGUUAACCCAGCCUAAGCCAAACUUCUAACCUCUCCACGCUCUAAGGCUGAGUUCACACUACAGAAUUUCCUCACUGGGAUUUUGGGGCACAGUACAACUAUGGGGACAGCAAUGUACACACAGUCCUAGCCGUCUGGAGAUUCUGUAGUGUAAACCUAGCCUAACUCCUUCUCAUAUUCCAGUUACUUUAUAAAUGCAUAAUAAGUAAUAAAUAUACUAUAGUAUAAUGGUAACAUCCAGCUUUUCAUUACUUAUGAAAGUAAACAUGUAACAAGGUAUGCAUUUAGUGGUACAUUUCUAUUAACUGACUCCACAUCCCCGGGAGUAAUGCAUUACCCUUAUGGAACAUGUUUUAGAUUUUUCGACUGUGUCUUUUUCAAUUACCACUGCAGUUUUUGCUUCAGUUUUUAAGCCAAAGCCAAGAGGGAAUUGAGCAAGAAGAAGCAUUGGUCAUUGUUUUAUAUUUCCCAUUCCCUUUGAAUCCACUUCUGGCUUUGGUUUUUAGAAACUGCAUCAAAAACUCCUUUAACCUUAAAAAAAGGUUAAAGGGGUACUGCGCUGCUCAGCGUUUGGAACAAACUGUUCCGAACGCUGGAGCCGCCGUUGGGAGCUCGUAA